AUGUCUCUGACCAACACAAAGACGGGGUUUUCUGUAAAGGACAUUUUGGACCUCCCUGACACCAAUGAUGAGGACGGUUCCGUUGCCGAAGGAGGUGAAGAGGAGAGCGAGGCGUCGGAGCCUCCCAAGAAACCGGGAGUUUUGGGACAAAACCCAUUGGACACUGUUCAGACGCUGCCUUUGAAGAACCCUUUCUAUGAUAAUAGCGAUAAUCCCUACACGCGUUGGCUCGCUAGCGCCGAGGGCAUCCAAUACUCCUUGCACGGGCUGGCCUCCGGCAACGCCAGCCAGGACUCCUCGUCCAAAUCCCCGGAGCCGUCGGCCGACGAGUCGCCGGACAACGAGAAGGAGCCGCCGGGCGGCGGGGACGCGGGGAAGAAGAGGAAGAGGAGGGUGCUCUUCUCCAAAGCGCAGACCUACGAGCUGGAGCGGCGGUUCCGGCAGCAGCGGUACCUCUCGGCGCCUGAGCGGGAGCACCUGGCCAGCCUCAUCCGCCUCACGCCCACGCAGGUGAAGAUCUGGUUCCAAAACCACCGCUACAAGAUGAAGCGGGCAAGGGCCGAGAAAGGUAUGGAGGUGACCCCGCUGCCGUCCCCGCGGCGGGUGGCCGUGCCCGUCCUCGUCAGGGACGGCAAGCCCUGCCACACGCUCAAAGCUCAGGACUUGGCAGCCGCUACUUUCCAAACGGGCAUCCCCUUCUCCGCCUACAGCGCCCAGUCUCUACAGCAUAUGCAAUAUAACGCCCAGUACAGCUCCGCCAGCAACCCCCAGUACCCCACAGCACACCAUUUGGUACAAGCGCAGCAAUGGACUUGGUGA